CUUCUCGUCAGUCUGCGCUGUGUGGGAUUUUAGGCUGGAGAGGAAAAGCGAGCGGAAGACGGAGAACCGGCGAAUUUACCUUCAACCGAAGCCGCCCAGCGCUAAAAGCGAAGCCGAGGGAAACGAGGAGGAAGUUAAACUCGGGGCUGCUCGGUUUUUACCGGGGUUUUCUGCUGACAGACGGGGAGAGGUUGUGUGUCGGUGCGGACCGGUGUGAGGGGGGAUUAACGUUAGGUUAACAUUAGCGUUAGCCUGCCUUAGUUUACCGCGGCUGGAGUUUGGACCGUAUAAAGAUUAUUUUCGCGCUGAAGAUUUUCCCGGAUUUUAUGUUUAAAAGCUCGAAGAGGCUGUGAUGGAGUGCGGACACCGUUUGGACUGCUGCUAAACCUGUUUUUGCUGAGGGGCUUCUGCAUGAGCUGCUGAGUUUGCUGGACUAGCGCCUUCACUUUUUGUUUUGCUGCACUUUUUUAAAUGCACGCGGCUCCUAAAAUCACUGUUUUAUUAUAUAUUUUAAACGCUAAUACGCAUAAUUAUGUGAAUAUUAUGAUUAUGCAACGACGAGCCAAGUUGUUACACUGAACACUGUGAGGGAAAGAGUGUGUGUAAGAGAGUGAGUGUGUGUAUGUGUGUUUUCCCACAGGGACUGUGGUCGAGUUUGGUUGGGUUUUAAACUAAGCUAAGCUACACACACUCACAUAGCCUUACAUAAAGAUACACACUAAAUAAACACACUUUCAGAACAUUUCCAGAACAAAACGACUUCAUUAGAAGCUCUUCUGUAAAUCUAGCUAAUCUCAGCUUUUUUAAAAACACGACUUGUCCCACUUUUGAAGACCUGGAGUUGGACCUUGGAGCUACGGCACAUAAACAUUUCUCUCUUGGGGAUCAUUGUCGGAUUCUUAUUUUUUCACCAUGUAUGAAAGUGUGGAUGUGGUGGGGCUCACCGCCAGUCCUAACCCCUUCUUAGCCAUGGAUUACUAUCAGCAAGCCCGGGGCUGUUUGAUUCCUGAGAAGGGCCUGGUGGCUGGAGGACCUCGAGGAUUCACCUCCAUUAGAUCACAACACUGGAGCGGAUCCACUCACUCUGUGGACACUCAGAGCACCAGUUCGGAGGAGAUUGUGCCCAGUCCCCCCUCGCCCCCUCCACCACCGCGGGUGUAUAAGCCCUGCUUCGUCUGCCAGGAUAAAUCCUCGGGGUACCACUAUGGAGUCAGCGCCUGCGAGGGCUGCAAGGGCUUCUUCCGAAGGAGCAUCCAGAAGAACAUGAUAUACACCUGCCACCGAGAGAAAAGCUGCAUCAUCAACAAGGUCACGCGGAACCGGUGUCAGUACUGCCGGCUGCAGAAGUGCCUGGAAGUUGGCAUGUCUAAGGAGUCUGUUCGGAAUGACCGGAACAAAAAGAAGAAAGAGGAGAAGAAGGUGGAGUGUUCUGAGAGCUACGUUCUGAGUCCUGACACGGAGCAGAUGAUUGAACGCGUGAGAAAAGCCCAUCAGGAAACGUUUCCCUCGCUCUGCCAACUGGGCAAAUAUACCACGAACAACAGCUCAGACCAGCGGGUCUCUCUGGACGUGGACCUGUGGGAUAAGUUCAGUGAACUGUCCACCAAGUGCAUCAUAAAAACAGUGGAAUUUGCUAAACAGCUCCCAGGCUUCACCACCCUCACCAUCGCAGACCAGAUCACCCUGCUAAAGGCCGCCUGCCUCGACAUCCUGAUUCUGCGGAUCUGCACGCGCUACACCCCCGAUCAGGACACCAUGACGUUCUCAGACGGUCUGACGCUGAACCGGACGCAGAUGCACAAUGCUGGCUUUGGUCCACUCACUGACCUGGUGUUCGCCUUCGCCAACCAGCUGAUCCCGCUGGAGAUGGAUGACGCUGAAACUGGCCUGCUCAGUGCCAUCUGCCUGCUGUGUGGAGAUCGGCAGGAUCUGGAGCAGUCUGAUAAGGUGGAUAUUCUGCAGGAACCCUUACUUGAAGCGUUGAAAAUCUACGUGAGGAAGAGGAGGCCUCAUAAACCACAUAUGUUCCCUAAAAUGCUGAUGAAGAUCACAGACCUCAGGAGCAUCAGUGCUAAAGGUGCGGAGCGAGUGAUCACCCUGAAGAUGGAGAUCCCCGGCUCCAUGCCUCCGCUCAUCCAGGAGAUGCUUGAGAACUCGGAAGGCUUGGAGGGACAGGGCAGCAGCAGUGCUCGAGCAGGAGGAGGGGCCCCACCAGGCAGCUGCAGUCCCAGCCUGUCCCCCAGCUCGGCGCGGAGCAGCCCGUCGGCACAUUCACCCUGAGACUGUUUUCACCCCUCCGAAAAACGGGGCUCCGCACAGGCAGCACCAGAACUGAAGAACAAGCUUCCAGACACGAGUCGGGCUGACUUUAAUUUGGGGAGGCCGGCCCAGCACGGACAAUGAGAAUGACCUGUCGUCUUGCUUUGGAUGUGGGGGGUGGAGAGGGUGGGGUAUGGAGUGGCUGAGGCCCAGGACCAGGAUGAGGAUGAGGACCAGGACCAGGAACCCACAUUAUGGCUGAGAGUCGGCGCUUCAGUGGAAUAAUGCAGGACCAGAAAGGAUUGAAGGAAUUAGUGAAUGAAUGAAUAAAUGAAUGAGUACAGUAAAGUGCAGUGGAGUGGCUUGGAAAAGAAACAGACUGAGGCUUGGGGAGGGGCAUACUCUUGUUUGAUCAGGAUGAAGCCCACAUGUCACGUAAACAUGUAAUAACCGGUCUCUCCGACCACUCUGUUCUCCUCACUCCCCCAUAUCCAAUGCAUUAAACAGUGCAGCAGAGACGUGCCUGGCUUGGUCUUUCUCUCGGACUCGAACUUCAGCGCUGGAGGACAGGGAGCGCAUCUACGUCCACGCGUAUUGUUGUACGUUGCGUUACGUUGCAUUACGUUGCGUUUUGGAUUCCCUCGACUGUAGAUCCGAAAGGAGAACUAAGAGGAGAUAACUGAAUCUAAACUAAAACUAAAGACAAGACAAGACAAGACAAGACAAGAUAAGAUAAGGACGUCCACUGUCCGAAAGUCAUCAGGGACAUUUUGAACUUUGCAACUUUUUUUUUGUUUUGUUUUUUCCCUUUUUCUUACGAAAGAUAUAUGAAUAUAUGAAUAUCUAUAUUGACAGAAACAAAAAAAUGACAUUUUUGUCUUAGGUGGAAUGAUGCAGGAAAAAAAAAAAAAGAAAAACAAAAACAAACAAAUCUUACAUUUACUCUUAUUUGUUCCAAGAGUAUAUACCGGUAGUUGUGUUCUGCCCACUGUUCUCUUCACUGCGGAAGAUUGUUAAGUUGGGGAUGUUAUGGAGAGGUAAAGAGAGAAAGAGGUUUUUACUAAGGCAAAAAACAGUACAGAUUGUUCAGGGUCAUGGUUUGCGUGUUCAUGUGUACAUGCACUCUCCCACUCUUAUUGAACAAAGCCAGUUUUUCACAUAGAAAACAGACAAACAAAAAAGAAAUUACACACGCUCAGUCUGGGGAGGGAAUGGAGGAAGCUGUCAAAAAUUGGAAUUUAAUGAAAAAAAAAAUUGCAAAGGGAGAAGAGUUGUAUCGAGGUCUUCAAAGGUUUAGGUUCUGAAUGUGCAUGAGAUUUUUAUCUGGUCUGCAAUCGUUUCAGCUGUUAAUGAAUUUAAUUCUAUCUUUCCUUAUGUUUCCUGACCAGAGGCCGACCACCUCUUUCUGAGCAACUCUAGCAUUAAUGAACAGCAAUUCUGGAUUUGAAAGAAACAAAAGUGUCUGAUCAGUCUGAUCAGUUUUUUUUCUGCAUUAAAAUCAAUUGGUGGUAAACAGGCAUUUGUGUUCCACAGACAGCAAAGAGUUCUAAAGAGUUCAAAAAUGACAGUUUUAAUGAUAACGGCAGGUAACGGAUAUGUUUUAUGCACCAAGUGUCAUUGAGUCAUUGCUGUUUUUUAUUUAAUUGUGCAAUCAAAACUGGAUGCCCCUUUAGCAGGCAGAGAGAGACCCUAAUCUCUGCCCUAAUACCCCCCUCCAGCACCUCACAUUUACCCCACUGCCUCAUGAACCCUACAACACCACUGCCUCGGUCUUUUGAACAAUCACCAUCACCAACAACACCACUGCCUCUGUGAGACAAUCACUAUACCUGUAGCUUCCCAACAGUACUGCCUCUCUCUGUACGACACAGACCUACGCCGGGCACCUGGAUUGCAAACAGAUUGCAGCCGUUGAUUGAUUGAUUGAUUGAUUGAUUAAUUGAUUGAUUGAUUUCUUGAUUUAUUGCUUAUUUGCAAACCUGCAGCCUUAGUUCCUUACCUUUUGAAUCCUGUUCAGUCUCCAGAGAUUGGAUUAGUGUGGAUUUGUGGAAAUUUUGGCAGAUCUAACAGCAAAUCAGAGCUCUUGUCAUUGAACUAGCCUUUUAUACAUUAAUUAAAAAGUUCACAUUCAGAUUGCUGCACUUCAGUUUAUCUCUGUUUAUUUCAUUUCAUACACCCGAUUUCUUGGAUUAGAUUAAAUUAACAAUCAGAUUAAGAAAUCUGAUAAUAAGAGCUUGAUGGACUCCGAGUGAUCCAGUGGUCUAAAGCGCUGCCACUAUGAGCGGGAGGUCGCAGGUUCGAUCUGCUGGCGCUCAGAGGGAGCAAAAUUGGCUCUGCUCCCUCCGGGUGGGUAGAUGGCGCUCUCUCCCCACAUCACUCCUACAGUGAUGUCCGCAGCACAGGGCGUCUGUGAGCUGAUAUAUCAGAACCGAGUCACUGCGCUUUCCUCCGAGUGCGCUGUGAUGCUACUCAGUAAUGCUGCAUCAGCAGCAGCUCGAAAAGAAGCGGUGGCUGGCUUCACAUGUAUCGGAGGAAGCAUGUGUUAGUCUUCACCCUCCUGGUGUGUUGGGGCAUCAUUAGUGAUGGGGAGAGUCAUAAUGAGUGGGUUGGGUAAUUGGCCGUGUAAAUUGGGGAGAAAAUGGGAAAAAUUUGAAAGAAAAAAAAAAAAAAAACAAUUUAAGUGCUGGUAAUCAUAUAUUUCUCUCAAUGGAUAUUGUGUUUAUUGUGUUUAAAAAAAACAACAACACAAGAAAUACAACAUGAUAAUUGGAUUCUUCUGUUGUUCUGUUUCUUAGCUGGUUGCAAAGCAAAAAUGAUUUUUUUUAUGUAAUUUGAUUAUUUCCUCACUUGUUAACACCCAGAGUUUUUCUAUAAUCUGAUGACUCUUCUUGUUUGGAUUGAACAGUUUACUGGCUCUCAACUAUGAAAUUCUGCAGUAAUCAGAUUGUGAAGUUCAUGUAAAUGCACUCCGUGAUGUCUGUGUAAAAGAGAUUUGUGUAAAACAAAAUUGAAACACUUGAUAAAUAUUGCAAACAAUUCUAAAA